AUGACCCAAGCCCAGGAUUCGCUGACAUUGGAGGACGUGGCUGUGGAGUUCACCGGGGAGGAGUGGCAGCUCCUGGCCCCUGCUCAGAAGGCCCUGUACCGGGACGUGAUGCUGGAGAACUACAGCCACCUGGUGUCCGUGGGGUAUAUAGCAUGUGAGCAAGAUACACUUGUCAGGUUGGAUCGUGGAGAGCUGUGGACAGUAGGAGGUGAAAUCCACUGUCGAACUUCUUCAGAAAUUGGGAAAGUUGAUGAUCCCCUCCAGUGUCGCUUGCAAAUGCAAAGAUUUCAGAAGUGUAUGGGACAAUGCCACAAAUAUAAUGCAUUUGGAAAUAUUUGUCAUCAGAACUUUCCAUUGAAGCAACAUCAUGAUAUAUUUGACUUGCAUGGAAAAACUUUAAAAGCAACUUUCAGUUCAAAGAACCAGAGCAGAAGUUGUGAUCUGAAAAACUUUACUGAGUCUAACGGAGAUGGACAUCCCUUCCUCCAAGAUAAGCAUGAGCAACUUUAUACAGAUAUCCAUUUCUCUGAAAGUACAAAGUACGUCACGAGCCAGCCCCAGAUCGUGAACCAUCAGAGAACUGCCAAAAUCGUGAAUGCUCACGUAUGUAGUGACUGUGGCAAAACAUUCAUCAAGAAGUCUCAGUUCAUUGAUCAUCAGAUGGUUCAUACGGGAGAGAAACCUCAUGAGUGCAGUAUGUGUGGGAAAGCCUUCUCCAGAAGGUACAGGCUGACUGAACAUCAGAGAACUCAUGCAGGGCUGAAACAUUAUGAAUGCACUGAAUGUGACAAAACCUUCCUUAAGAAAUCACAACUGAACAUGCAUCAGAAAAUCCAUACAGUAGAGAAACCAUACAUAUGCAACGAAUGUGGGAGAGCCUUCAGCAAAAAGUGCUUGCUCAUUUAUCAUCGGCGAACUCAUACUGGAGAGAAACCUCAUGGGUGCAAUCUCUGUGGGAAAGCCUUUUGUACCAAGUCCAGUCUUACUACACAUCAGAAAACUCACAGAAGAGAGAAGCCACACGUAUGUGGUGAGUGUGGAAAAGGCUACAUGGAGAAGAGGCGUCUUGUUGCGCAUCAUCUGACUCACACUGGAGAGAAACCCUUUAUAUGCAAUGAAUGUGGGAAACGAUUCACUUUGAAGAACAGUCUCAUCACACAUCAGCAAACUCAUACAGAAGAGAAAUCGUUUACAUGCAGCGAAUGUGGAAAAGGCUUUUCCAUGAAGCACUGUCUCGUCAGACAUCAGCGAACUCACACUGGCGAGAAACCCUAUGUAUGCACUGAGUGUGGGAAAGGCUUCCCCUUGAAGAGCCCUCUCGUCAGACAUCAGCGAACACACACAGGAGAGAAGCCCUAUGUGUGCAGUGAGUGUGGGAAAGCCUUCACCAUGAAGAUCGAUCUCAUCAUACACCAGCGUAUUCACAAUGCAGAGAAACCCUAUGUAUGCAGUGAGUGUGGAAAAGGUUUUACCGUGAAGAGUCGUCUCAUUGAACAUCAGCGAACUCAUACAGGAGAGAAACCUUAUUUAUGCAGUGAAUGUGGGAAAGGCUUCUCAGCAAAGAUCCGGCUGAUUGGACAUCAGCGAACUCACACGGGAGAGAAGCCCUACGUCUGCAGCGAAUGCGGAAAAGGCUUCACUGAAAGGAGUCAUCUCAGUGUUCAUCGUCGCACUCAUACUGGAGAGAAGCCCUACGUGUGCAGUGAGUGUGGGAAAGCUUUAAGUGGGAAAAGCGUGCUCAUUGCACAUCAGCGAACUCACACGGGAGAGAAACCCUACGUAUGCAACGAAUGUGGAAAAGGCUUUGCUAGGAAAAGUAAUCUUGUUGAUCACCAGCGAUCUCAUACAGGGGAAAAGUCUUACAUAUGCAACGAAUGUGGAAAGAGCUUUACUGUGAGGCGUACUCUCAUGAUACAUCAGCAAAUUCAUAUCACAGAGAAGUCUUAUGCAUAUGAUCAACUUGAAAAAGCUUCCCCAAAAAAUGCACUCUCACUACUGGAAUUCACACAAGGAAAGGCCUUCACCACCAAGUCAGUUCUCAAUGUACACCAAAGACCUGAUACAGGAGAGAGACCAUAUGGAUGCAGCAAUUAUGCAAGGGUCUUCUCCCACUUAUGA